GAUGUGCGCUGACCGAAAAUGGGCGUGGUCAGUCUGGGGCUCCUCCCAUAGCAACCGCGUGAGCGUGCUUGCAGUCCCUCGAGUGGAGACGCCAGGAGCGCACGUGAAAUCACUCCAAAUGAGCGUACGUGAGCCGGGAUAAGAGGGCUCAGCCGCCACCGCCGCCAUGAACGACAAAUACCACCGGGCGGCUCGAGACGGUCACCUGCACCUGCUGAAAGACGCGACGCGCAAAGAUCUGAACGCGCCGGAUGAGGAUGGGAUGACGCCGACGCUCUGGGCCGCGCACCACGGCAACCUGGACGCGCUCAGACUGCUGGUGGCGCGAGGAGGAGAUCCAGAUAAAUGUGAUAUUUGGGGAAACACUCCUCUUCACCUGGCAGCAGCUAAUGGCCAUCUCAACUGUCUGUCCUUUCUGGUGUCAUUUGGUGCCAAUGUGUGGUGCUUGGACAAUGACUACCACACGCCACUGGACAUGGCGGCCUCUAGGAGCCGGAUGGACUGUGUGCGAUAUCUGGACACUAUCAACGCAAAGCAGACUACCAUCAACCCCAAACUGGUGAGCAAACUGAAGGAACGCGCCUUCCGUAAUGCAGAGAAACGCAUUAAGAACUGUGAAAAGCUUCAACGCAAGCAUCACGAACGCAUGGCGAAGCAUUUCUUGAGAGAGAGUGCUGCAAUGGACAUGUCAGAUACAAUGAGUUACAGCAGUUUCAGCAGCACCCUGAGUCGAAGGAUCCCUCAGUUCAACACCCUCGACUCCAACAUGACAUACUCACAGGUAACGCUUCAGUCCACAACAAGAGGCAGGACCAAGAUUCAGCAGCGACUUGAGAAGAAAAAGCAAGGCGACGGAACUUUCAAGAUUUCCGAAGACGGGCGAAGGAGCAUUCGCUCGCUCUCUGGUCUUCAGCUGGGCAAUGACGUCAUGUUCUUGAAGCAGGGAACAUAUGUCGACCGACACCAGCAGUCCAGCCCUCGGCUUAACAUCCGCAACAUGUUUUCUGGUAAACAGGACAUCAGGCUAGACGAUGAUGAUGAUGAGGUAGACACUGUGUCAAGGGCACUCAGUGACCCGGGUCUGUAUGAGGCUGCAUACUCAGAAAUAAGUACAGACUCGGGUAGAGACUCUUUGUUCAACCGCCCAGGACUCGGUACUAUGGUAUUCCGUCGAAAUUAUGUGACUGAUGGGCUGUUCCGAAUGGGACAGAAUGAGGGCAGUGUAGUAGGGAGUGAACCAGUGGGACAGGUCCCAAAUGUCCGCUUACGGGGAAGAUUGCAUAUCCAAUCACCUAGUCUUGAUGAAGUCAGCAUUGGCAGCUCAUUGAGUCUUCAUGAGAAGAACUUGCAGGAUUUGCCUUGGGAGGAAGGAGAACUGGGCUUGGAGGAGGAGGAUGACGAGCUUCAGCCAUCUUCGGCUCCUUUAGAAGUGUUCCUGGCAUCUCAGGGCCUAAGUGACUUCCUCUCCAUCUUUCAUCGAGAGCAGAUGGACCUGGAAUCGUUGCUGUUGUGCUCUGAACAGGACCUUAUUAGCAUCCACAUUCCACUUGGCCCUCGUAAAAAACUACUUGAUGCAUGCAGCAGACGCAACAAUGUUCUGGACGAAGCUGAUGGCAUGCAGGACACUGUACUGUAAAGUGUGUAUGUCUGUUAUUAACUCUGCUCCAAAAUCUAGUGUACUUUCUUGUUGCCUGCAUGAGCAGUUUUUUUUAAGUAGCAUCCUUAAACUAGUUGAACUGUAUCCU